UUUGUCUCAUUUCCGUCCUCAAUUCCACCUUGAUGUCAGUGUGAGCUCAUGUGCAGCAGCGUACAGACACGUUCCUCAAACAAGGUCUCAAAAGGUGUCCUUCCUGACGCAGCCGGAGCAGUUUGGGCUCAACGAUCCACAGCAGUGACCCGACACGAGGAACUGAAAGUCAUCGAGUCAGUCGAAUAUACAGGUUUAAGAACAAAAUAAAGACAAACAUGGGCAACGCAUCGUCCAACUACAAUCAGAAUCCAGAGCCUGGGGACCUGAUUGAGAUCUCUCGUGGAGGCUAUCAGCACUGGGCCGUGUAUGUUGGCGAUGGCUACGUUGUUCACUUGACAAGAGCCUCUGGUUUCAGACGUUUGUUUUCCCCUCUGAAUGUGAACGGCCUGGUGAGGAAAGAGAAGCUGCAGGACAUAGUUGGAAGAGCCGACUGGAAAGUCAAGAACAUCCUGGACAAUGAAUACAGACCGCGGCCGGUGGAUGUCAUCGUGAGAGAGGCCUGUGCUCUGGAGGGCAGACAGAUGCCGUACAACAUCGCCACAAGGAACUGCGAACGUUUUGCCACUGAGCUGCGCUACGGCAAGCAGUCCCAGCAGUCCAACUACAAUCAGAAUCCAGAGCCUGGGGACCUGAUUGAGAUCUUUCGUGGCCCCUUUCAGCACUGGGCCGUGUAUGUUGGCGAUGGCUACGUUGUUCACUUGACGAGAGCCUUUGGUUUCAGAUUUUUGUUUUUCUCUCUGAAUCUGGACGGCCGGGUGAAGAAAGAGAAGCUGCAGGACGUAGUUGGAACAAACGACUGGACAGUCAACAACAUGCUGGACAAUGAAUACAGACCCCGGCCGGUGGAUGUCAUCGUGAGAGAAGCCUGUGCUCUGGAGGGGAGAAAUCGGAGAUACUGGUUCGCCACAAGGAGCUGUGAGCUUUUUGCCAAUGAGCUGCGCUACGGCAAGAAGCGGACCCAGCUGUCCAACUACAAUCAGAAUCCAGAGCCUGGGGACCUGAUUGAGAUCUCUCGUGGCACCUAUCAGCACUGGGCCGUGUAUGUUGGCGAUGGCUACGUUGUUCACUUGACGAGAUUUGGAUGCAGUUCCGGCAGUUUGUCGUCUGAUCCGGAUGCGAAUGGCCUGGUGAUGAAAGAGAAGCUGCAGGACGUAGUUGGAACAGACGACUGGACAGUCAACAACAUCCUGGACAAGAAGUACAGACCCCAGUCGGUGGAUGUCAUCGUGAGAGAGGCCUGUGCUCUGGUGGGCAGAGAGAUGCCGUACGACAUCGUCAAAAAGAACUGCGAACAUUUUUCCACUGGGCUGCGCUACGGCAGGCCAGAGUCCCAGCAGGUCGUGACGGCAUUCAAAUUCACAGUGGAAGCCUUUGCCAUUGCCAAAAUUGCAAGCACGGAGAGAUUGCCUGGUGCCGUAGUUGAGGCUGUCCUUAUGUCAUUAGACAAGUACAAAGAAGACAAAGCCACACACUGAUGCAAAGCCCAGCGUCACCUCCUCAGAGAAGCUGAACUCCCAGAUCAUCAGCAAAGUGUCACUGAUACCACUGCCUAAAUAUCUUACAAUAUCUACAAUCCAGAAGAAAUGUGGUCAUGUUUACCUUCAUCUGUCUUUAGCCGGGUGAUUUGGGACAAAGUCAUUCUGCUUUCAGAGAACAAAAGUGAGAUUGACAAAUACUGUUUUC